CUUUGGUCACUUUACUUAUCUCUCUAACCGUUUUCUUUCACUUUUUCAAAAAUGUCAUUGUCGUCGUUCUGCUCCGGCCGAUUCUCCACCGCCCUCUUCCUGCUAAUCUCCGCCGUUCCAAUAGCUUACAUAAUUUCUCUAGAGCGAGCUCUUCCUUCGACGCACGUCUUCUCUUACCAUAGCUCCGGUUUCUUACGUGAGUGCGCCAAAUGGGACGAUGUAGGUCGGAGAUUCCUAGUCUCCUUCAUGGACGGAGGAGGAAUCGGCGAGGUUGUUCCUGGAGAUUCCGACGGUGAUGAUGGAAGCGAUGUUUUGGAGGAAGUCACUUUAGUCAAAGACGUUGACCUCGCUGGAAGCGCUUCAGCUGGAAUCGUUAUCGACCGCAGCAGAAACCGUCUCCUUGUAGCUGUAGGCGAUUUGUUUCGAAAUCAGUAUAGCGCGUUAGCUGCCUAUGAUUUAUCCACGUGGCGUCGUAUCUUCCUCACAGAGCUUAGCGGCCAUAGUAAAGAGAAAUCAUUUGCAGAUGAUGUAGCUAUUGAUGCAGAAGGCAACGCUUAUGUUACUGAUGCAAAAGGCAGUAAAAUCUGGAAAGUUGACGUCAAUGGCAAGCUUGUGUCCACCAUUAAAAGCCUUCUCUUUACUCCACCUGGUUUGUUCAAUAACCUGGUCACUCUUAACGGCAUUGUCUAUCACCCGGACGGGUUCCUUAUCGUCAUCCACACUUUCUCCGGUUUACUAUACAAAAUUGACAUAACCGAAAAUGAUAAUAGCAAUAAAGUUAAUGUAAUUGAAGUCACUGGUGGCACAUUGAGGUUUGGAGAUGGAAUUGAAUUUUUAUCACCAACAAAGAUUGUUGUUGCAGGUAAUCCUUUUACGAAAUUGGUAGAGAGCUCAGAUGGGUGGCGAACCGCUUCUGUGACGGGUUGGUUCAGCAGCGGUAUGUUUCAUCGGUUAGUAUCAGCCGCUACUGUGAAGGAAGGAAGAGUUUAUCUAACCCACAUUGUUGGGUUUGGGUAUAAGAAAAGACAUAUACUUGUUGAAGCCGUGUUUUAGAUUUGUUAGUAAUCAUUUUUAGGUUGUGCUAAUGACUAUUUUUUAUGAUUCUAUGUAAAGCUUGUUUCUAGCAAAUUUUUGAUAAGCUAUUGAAUAAAACAUUAAUUAUAUACAAGAUCUUAACAUUA